AUGACACAAAGGAGUAAAAGAGAGAAGGAUGGGACUGUGAAAUAUGUCACUGUGGGAUGUGCUCGGGGUGGCAAGGCACGAAAUAGGGCAUCAAACGUCUCCAAGCCUCGGCCAACAAGCAAAACAGACUGCAAGGCAAGGAUGAAUGCCAUGUUAAAGGAUGGGAAGUUGUGUGUCACAUCCGUAUUGAACACACACAAUCAUGUGCUCAGUCCAAAAAAAUCCAGGUUCUUCAGAUGCAACAGAGAAGUUAAUGAGUCUGUUAGGAGAGUGUUGGAUACAAAUGAUGAGGCUGGCAUACGGAUUAAUAAGAGUUUUCAUGCUCUUGUCACUGAGGCGGGUGGGUUUGAGAACGUACCAUUUGGAGAAAAAGAUUGUCGUAACUACAUUGACAAGGCACGACACCUGCGUCUUGGUAAAGGUGGUGCUCAAGCGUUGUUUGAGUAUUUUAGAAGGAUGCAAUACAAGAAUGAUGGCUUUUUCAGCCUUAUGGAAUUGGACGAUGAUGAUAGACUGAAAAGUGUGUUUUGGGCGGAUGCCCGUAGUAGAGGGGCCUACAACUACUUUGGAGAUGUGGUAACAUUUGAUACCACAUACUUGACAAAUAGGUAUGGAAUGCCAUUUGCACCGUUUGUGGGUGUAAACCAUCAUGGACAGUCAAUCCUAUUGGGUGCAGGCCUUAUUUCAAGUGAGGAUACAGAAUCAUUUGUUUGGUUAUUUAAAGCUUGGCUUGAUUGCAUGGAUGGAAAAGCACCUAAUACUAUUAUUACAGAUCAAGAUCGUGCUAUGAAAAAUGCCAUCGCCAUUGUCUUUCCCAGCACGCGGCAUAGAUAUUGCUUGUGGCACAUAUUGCGAAAGGUCCCAGAGAAACUUGGUUCCCAUGGUCAAUACAAAUGUGGCCUGAAAAGUAAGUUGCUAUCUUGUGUAUAUGACUCUCUUACAAUUGAGGAGUUUGAGAAUUCUUGGAAAAGCCUCAAUGAUACUUUCCACUUGCAUGAAAAUGCAUGGUUGCAAAGCUUAUAUGCGGAAAGAGAGUUUUGGGUACUGUUCGACAAUGCUCUGAAGAAAAAAAUUGAGAACGAAAACCAAACUGACUUCAAUUCAUUUAACUUCACCAUUCCUUGCAUAUCACACUUGGCUCUUGAGAAGAAGUUUCAAGAUGUAUACAAAAAUGCAAAAUUUAAGGAGGUUCAGCAAGAAAUAAUGGGAAUAAUAUAUUGUCAUUGUCGUUUCGAGAAAAUGGAGGGAGUAAUUGCAAUUUACUCGGUCGAUGAUCAAGUAAAGGCUGAAGAUUUCAUCAAGGAGGUUACGUAUACUCUUUACUUUAAUGAGGCCGAGUGUGAGGCGAAGUGUGUUUGUGGGUUGUUUGAGAUGCGAGGGAUAAUAUGUAGACAUAUUCUUGCAAUCUUUUCAGCUAAGAAAGUUCGUGAGUUGCCAGAGAAGUACAUAUUAGACCGGUGGCGGAAAGACAUAAAACGGACUUAUACUUUUAUUUCGACCAAUUAUGACGCUGUUGAUCGGAGACCUGAAACUGUUAGAUAUAAACGUAUUUUGAGAACUUUCAAUGAGGUAAUAACAAAUGCAGUUUCGACCGAUGGGCAUACUGAGGAAAUUAUUUCAAACUUGAUUGCGAUGAAUGAGGUUUGGCGCACAUCGAAGCCCUCCAACACGGAUUCCAAUGUUGGAGGAAGUACCGUGAAUGCAUUCACAGAAGGAAGUUCCAAGAAGGUUCUAAGUCCCCAUGUUGUUAGAGGCAAUGGAAGACCCCUGUGUAAGAGGAGGAUGUCCACGAUGGAGGAAAGAAGGCGUAGAUUGGACACCGAACCAUUGGAAAGCACUGAAAACCAAGUCGGCCUAUCGGAAAUGAGGAUACAAGAAAAUGUACAAACUCCCAUAAUGGUCAAUGAAGAAAGUGGACAACAUCCGGUGAUGGGGACACAAGAAAGUAUACAACUAGGAAUGGAUGGAACGCAGCCAGAGACGGCAGAUGGAACGCAGCCCAGCAGUUUCUUGUAG